UUCUAAAGGACUGCUAUAGUAGCUAGUAAAGUCUUGUCAAAUGACAUAAAUGUCGCUUGUGUUUUGUGGUGUUGUACUUUCAGUUUCGAAUUUUAAAUAGUUAAUUGUUAACUUUUACUUAGUUUAACAUUAUUUGAACACUCAACUUUAAAGAGUUACAAUUCAGACAUCCCGCACAAUAGCGUUUGCUCUAGCUUUGACGUCAUCCUUGUCGACAUUACCGUAAUGAACAGAAAACGUGACUAUAAGCCUUUCUAAACAUGAGGGGGAAAUAACAAAAUCAGUUCGACGUAUAAACAAAGUAGAUAUAAAUUUCAUUUAUUCAAAUAAAAAAAAAGAAAGUGAAUUUGUGUCUGGGGAAAGAGCCAAAGAUGUUGUCUUAAUCUAUUCUUCCUCAAAUGGUAUUUGCGUACGUAUUAGGUUCUGAAGGGUAAUGAUGGCGACUUUCUAAUAUCUGAGGAAAUAACAUACCGCAAAGCUUUUGUCCAAUGUUUUUAGCUGCAUCACAUACUUGACCAGAGUGAUACAGAGCACCGCUUUCGGUUCUCAAAAUGGGUCUUUUAGAUAGGCUAAGGAAGGAGUGGUUCAUUAUAGGAAUCGUGCUUGUGAUCACCUUCGCAAGGCUGGAGCCUUCUGUAGGAGUGAAGGGAGGACCCCUGAAGCCUGAGAUCUCAAUCACAUAUAUCGCUGUAUCUGCAAUAUUUUUUAACAGCGGACUCUCAUUAAAAACUGAGGAGCUAACCAGUGCUUUGAUGCAUGUGAAGCUUCACCUUUUUGUCCAGAUCUUCACACUCGUAUUUUUUCCUGCUGCAAUAUGGCUUUUCCUGCAAAUCUUAUCAUUAACCACCAUCAAUGAAUGGCUGUUAAAAGGGUUGCAGACUGUUGGCUGUAUGCCUCCUCCUGUGUCCUCUGCUGUAAUUUUGACCAAAGCUGUUGGUGGAAAUGAGGCUGCUGCUAUAUUUAAUUCAGCCUUUGGAAGUUUUCUGGGAAUUGUCGUAACUCCACUUUUACUGCUACUUUUUCUUGGGUCUUCCUCUUCUGUGCCUUUCACCUCCAUAUUCUCACAGCUGUUUAUGACGGUAGUGGUCCCUCUCAUAGCUGGACAGAUCAUCCGCAGGUUCAUUAAGGACUGGCUAGAGAGGAAAAAGCCUCCUUAUGGUGCAAUCAGCAGCUGUGUGCUCCUCAUGAUUAUCUACACGACAUUCUGUGACACUUUCUCCAACCCACAUAUCGACUUGGAUAAGUUCAGUCUGAUCAUAGUGGUGUUCAUCAUAUUUUUCAUCCAGCUCAGCUUCAUGCUUUUAACAUUCGUCUUUUCUACGGGGAAACAAUCAGGAUUCACUCCUGCAGACACAGUGGCAAUUAUGUUUUGCGCUACACACAAGUCCCUUACUUUAGGGAUUCCAAUGCUGAAGAUAGUGUUUGAAGGCUACGAGCAUCUGUCCUUAAUCUCCGUCCCGUUGCUGAUCUACCACCCCGCACAGAUUCUGCUGGGCAGCGUGCUGGUUCCAACAAUAAAGUCUUGGAUGGUCAAAAGGCAGAAGGCACUGACGUUAAAGCUGCAACCUGUAUAACAACAAAUCCUGCUUUACUCCUCGAAAUGUGCAUGGAAUGUAACACACAGCGGCCCUAAUGAAUCCGUUCAGGAGCUUUUGCGUCGUUAACUGUGAAAGGACAUCUGCAUUUCAAGUGCCUUAACAGAUCCAGCUAGGAACACGAUCUGGGUUUUGAACCAACAGGUUUGGUCCUGCAGAGGGUGUUUCUGCUGACCUUUCUUUUUUUUUUAUACAUCUAUAUUUUUUAUAUAUGUAAAUAUCAAGAUAUAAUGAAGAAUAAUCCAGCGAGUUCAUUCCAUGGCGUUUGCCAUCUAUUGAACUAUUGAGACAUCUGUAAAAAGGUGAAGGAUUCCUAAUUCAUUAGCAAUGUGUGGGCUUCAAUGGUUCAAGGUUUGUUUUAUGUGUAUUUGUAUCUUCUUCUUGAUGUUGUUUUAUUAAAAAUAUUUGAUUGACUGUAAAAAUGAUUCAACAUGACGUUUUGACCAACCAUUAAUACAGAUUGGCAGGAAGCUGGUUGACAAAAUUAAUGUAACCUUUUAUUGUAGGAAAACCCAGUUCUAAAAAGCUGAAUUUAGAUAUUAUAGGUCAUUCACAGCUAUUCCAAGCUACAGCAUUAGGAGUAUAUUAAAACAGUCUGGCCCACUUUCCUAUUUAUAACAACUUGUGUGACACGACAGUGGUUCAAGUACCAAACAGUAUGUGUCCUUUUCACAUCCUGAUCAUUAAGACUUACUGAACUUCAUAUUCGGACUGACAACAACCUUUUUGAUACUGUUAGCAACAAACUAUGGAGUUUUGAACAUACGUCAAUCUGGGAGGCUGGUAUAUUGCUUUUUGAGUGACCAUAUUUAACCGCUUAUGUGUUUGCGCUUAUGUAAACAGUCAUUCAUGCUCCUUCACCAGGGACAUGUUAAUGGAGUAGUGCAAUUUACACUGAGUCUGUAAUGGGGGUUCUUACCAUUUGAUUCAAAUAAUCUGUGGACGACACAGUAUAGUAAACACAAACUAAAGUCUUCAAGGAGUCAAUUAAAUCACAGUACAUUUUAGGACUGCAGAAACAAAAACGCAUUUUCACAUCACUGGUCUCUUUGUUUCUUUUUCUUGACAACCUCUACAUUAAUUACAUCCUUACAAAGAUAUCAACUAUUGGGCAUUCUCAAACAGAUAUUAUAUUGAAUCUGUUGCUGUUUGGGUAUUUUUCAUGUCAGACGUCCCCCAUUUAUAGACACAUUCGUGUUUGCUAAUAAGUUUGACUUUGUUGUUCAUAUCAUGCUGUUUAUGUCCAUGCACUGAACUAUGAUAAGAAUGUAUUUUAUAAAAAAAAGUAAUACACACAAAAGACCAGUUUAUAGCCACAUUCUUUAGAAUUGCUCACAGCAGUUCACUCUGCUUGUUGUAUUACACUGUCUCUCUCUCUAGUCUCUCUCAUUCCGUUUUCACAGUAGCCAAAUAGCUACUUGUGGCCCAAGCAUGAGGGUUUCUGAUAGCCUGUAAAUUACUUUUGAUGGGUGUAAAAAGCAGCCAACAGAGUUGGUUUCUGAUGACUUUUCUUGAGCAGCUAUUUUGGCAUGAGCCGUUUCCACAGGAAAACCUAUUUCUGUUGUGGUUUUUCCUAAGGGUGAUAGGGUUAAUCUUCCUUGUAGAGAUCAGUAUUGGAACUUGCCUUUACGAUGGUAACAUUUCCCAAUCAGUUGGCAAGGUCUUUGGCUUUUUUUUGGUUUGUUUGUUUCGUUUCAGUGGCAGGCACCUUGUUUUAUUCGUAUUAUAAGCGAAUAAGGGUUAUGUACGGUAAAGGUCAUUAUUAUUACAAUUUAAAAAGUUUGCUAUGAUAAAAACAAAUGUUUGUCUGUUUUGAUUUUCUUUUCUUUUUUUUUUAAAUAUACAAAGUACCAUUGUUUCCCAUAAUGGACAAUUUAAGAAUGCUUAAUAUCCUACAAUUCUAUCUUUCUAAAUAACUCCUAAUUUAUAAUACUGUACCCUGGUUUCCUGUGUUAAUUACCUCAGUUUUUCUUCUGAUGUUCCGUAUUCAACAUGUGUAAUAAGAAUGCAGCUAUUGUGCCCUUGUGAGAUUGCUCAAAUGAGCUGCCCUCCUCCUUUCAUUUGAAUGGUAAUGUCAGCUAUUGAAUUAGGCAGAAUAACCAUGCUCUGUUCUGAUUUUUUAUUUUUUUUUAAAUAAUAACGGGGCUUGUGUCAUCCAUUGUAAAGAGAAUAAUAAAGCUCAGGGUCUCAGGGUGAAUCUUCAGUCGUGCAGUUUAUGAAGACUUUGAAAACCUGAAACCAUUACUUUAUUUAUUUAUUGUUAUUAUUAUAAAACAGUCAUAACCAAUACAGCCUUAAACAGUUCUGGGCAUUCCGUUCAGUUUAAAAAAAAUGUGGAAAAUGUGUUUCUGACAUUUGUUCCAGGCGUUUUUUGAAUGGAUGGAUGUAUUUUCCUCAAUAAUGCACAUCUCUAUAGAACCCAAGUAAUGGUGUUCUAUUCCUGCAAUGUAUUUAACAGGUAACAUUCCUAAGAGAUAAACUGUGAAGGGGCAGAAGCAUAUUUGGAUUGUGUUAAGUAUAUAUACGCGCUUAUUUUAAUAUAUAUUUCACCUUUCCUUUUUUAAAUCUGUAAUUAGCUGUUCUUCUUUAUGGAUUUUAUUCCACAAAGUUACUGCACAGCAUGUCUCAAGGUGGCAUUUCAAUUGAGUCUUAAGAACCCAGUAUGUUUCACCAAACUGUACUUCAUAAGUGAAGCACAAUAAACAAACACACACACAACAUGUCAAAAUUUUUUACAGUUUACAGUUGCAGAAUGUUAUUUUGAUGGGCAAAUAAUGAGAAAACAGCAUUUUAAACUGUUUUGCUGCUAAAGUGCUUUUGUCUGCACUGUAUGUAAUCUAAACAGAAAAUAUUGUACACUACACAGAAAUAACUGCAAUAAAAGUAAUGUUCCGUUUUCUUAUGCGAUCGUACCACCAAAGGACCGUAAUCUUUAUGUUCAUGAGAACGCUAAUGUCAUAAAAAAACCAAACAAAACUACUUCACGCUGGAUUUAGACUUCGGAUUAAUACAAUGUGAUUUGGUAUUCUCAACCCUUUAAUAACUGCUUCUGAAGAGAGUCUGUGUUUCAAAACAAUAUAUGAUUAUUAUUACUAUUUAUUUAAUUUUUUUGGAAGUUCAAUCAGGGAAUUGGGCUGUUUCCACUUGUUUAUAACUUUUCGCAAGCAUCACAGAGCAGGUUUCCUCCAGUAAUGGCAGCUACCGUAAGUUGUUACUUUUUUGUUGAUCCUAGUAGAGGCAACUGCUGAUUCAUUUGAAGUCCAAAGCUGUGAUUUGCAGCAUUGUUUACACCAUGAUGUUAUGUGUUUCUGAGCUUUACAGCUUUAAAGGAAAAAAAUAGGCCUGCUAUUUCUUCCCUGAUAUUGAACUUUUCCUUACUGCCAUCCAAAAUAUUUGUUUUGUCUAAUACCAAAUCAUUUCUGGUAAGCGCGGUUUAUAUUUACUUUCCUGUUUUAUUGUUUUUCAUUUUUCUGCAAAAGAUUAUUACUAUUAUAUUUAAUUAUUAGUCUUCUUCUUAUUAUUAUUAUUAUUAUUAUUAUUAUUAUUAUUUUGUUCAAUACAUCAGUGGUUGAAAAUGUUAGGAAGGUGGUUUUGUUCUGUUUAAUUUUGUUGUUUUUGAUAUGAUUGAUUAAUUCUUCUCUAAUUUCCAUUGAAAGUAGCUAUGCUCAAAUGUAACCUAUUUUUAAUCAACUUGUAUGCAUUUAACUUGAUUUUUGGAAUAUAGCAUGCAUAGAUAUAUACACACACACUGGAUGUUUAAAAAAUGGUAGAUAGCAUUAAAAUAAUAUUAGUUAAUGAUUUGAUUCAUGCUCAAGCCCUGUUUUUAUUUAUUUUAAUUUUAAUUUUAAUGAAACUGGCUAGUGGUUACGGACAGACUGUUGACCACUAAGCCUGUUGUGCCACCUCCAAACCCCCUUUUUUAACAAGACAUGAAUAUAGUGACCUCUUUGCAUACUGUUGCAAAAUAUAAGGUUUUAAGAGCCCUUACUUUUUGUUUUAUUAGUGCUGUAGUCCUUCAUAAAUUAUGCCUGUCAGAGUUCUUUUCACGGGCUAUUCUUGCAUGGAUUCAAAUGCUAUUUUUAGUAAUAAUGCUUCAAAAGAACCAUCAACGCAUGCAGUGCUUAAAACAAACAUCAAGUUAUGUUGUUGUUUUAGAGGGGGGAGGGGGGUUGUAAUACUGUUUCUAAAAUAAAGUUAUGUAAAAAAUGUUUUAUUAAUGUAAAUGUAUUUGAUUACAAAUCCCCAAUAACUGACCAUUU